CAGUAACAUGGAGGAAGCAGCCCCACAAGUCUCUGCUUCCGCUGAUAGAAAGGAAAUGGUGGGAGGAGAUUGAUACAAAGUGUCACCCUGUGCAGCCAUGGAGCUGCUGUGUGUGCUGGGAGCUCUGUGUGUUCUAUACUUUGUGUUCCAGCUAAUCAGGUUCCUCAGGGCUGAUGCAGACCUGACCCUCCUGUGGGCUGAGCUCCUUGGACACUCUCCAGGUCAGUUCCAAUCAUCUCACUAUUGAUUUCUGUUCAGACAGCCACAGAGUGCACAGUUCCUAACUAACCCUGAUCCUCAGAUAUUGGAAAACUCCAACUCUCAAAAUGCUGUGCCAGGUUUCAGAGUGGGGAAGCUUCAUUGCUGUUGUAGUUCUGGGCUCUGCCUGUUAGCCAUGGCUCGGCAUGAUGGGAGUUGGGAGUGUGGGAGCCUGCCUGACCUUGCACGUGUAUUAGUGGAGUCUAAACGUUGUCCCUCACGUGACAGCUCUUUUUCACCACAUCUUGAGUGACAUAAAAAUCGAAGGCAGUCUCCGGUACUUCCAUGGACUCUAACUCCUAAGUUGCUCAGCCAGGCAGUUUGUUAGUAGCGCUCACUGUGGAAACAGUUACUUCCCUGGGUUUUUAAUAUUCUGUUUAUGUGCCCCUGAUAUUAAAACUAUUAUUAUGUAAUAUAUACAACUAUUAAUUUAUAUUAUUAUAUUAAAAAUGUAUUUUUGGUGGUGUUAAAAAUAAACUUAAAGGAACACUCCUGCUCCGUGACCACUUUUAUCUCAAUGAAGUUGUUAUGGUGGCAGUAGUGUGUGGGUGUUGUCGUACAUUCAGGGGUUAAACAGUUUUGCAACUAAUUAACGUUGUAGUUGGUACGCUGCGGCUGAUGGUUCUGCUUCUUCCUUCCUCUUGCCCACUGUCUACUCCAGGAAAGUUUACCUGUCAGCUUGCAAUAGAAUCAACUGGUGGUAAUAGUACAUUGGACAAAGGUUUAAAGGGACACUAAACAUGUAUUCCUGACGCUAUAGUCCUGGUAUGGCUGUUUAGGUCCCCAAACCCAGAUUUUGGCAUUUUACAAACUUGAUAAUCUCCUCAAUCCAAUUCUUUUCCUUAAAAGACGCAUUGAGAGGUUAUUGUGCAUACGCGGUGAAAUCAUCAUCUCUUCAUAGAGAUGCACUGAAUCAAUGCUUCUCUAUGGGGAAUGUUCAGAAUCUACAUGCAGAGCGUGGAGACGCUGAACACACUGCUCCAGGUGGCCUCUCUAGUGGCCGUCUGAGUGAUGGCACCAAUGUAAACGCUGCUUUUUCAUUUACAUUUAAAAGCCUGCAGAGAAAGGACAUUAAGCUGUUGUAAUUUUGGUGACUAUAGUGUCCCUUUAAGCCUUGAAGGCAAGGUGCUUCCAUAACAAUUUCAUUGGGCUAAAGACUGUCUGCCGGAAGAAAAUGGUGGCUGCCAGAAGAGACAGCUACUGGUAAUUAGAAGUACCUUUUACUGCACCCUGUGCAGACAUGUCACCAUUGGGGUCUUUGCAAAAUCUGCAUCGACCCUCCAUAGCGAUUGCUCUGCUCAAAUAUAAAAUUUAAAAUGGAGCUUGUCAUGAAGUCAAGGGUCACACAGGUAAUGUUCACUGUUUUAUUCAAUAAGUGUAAAUUCUACAGAAGAAGGCAUCAGGGACACAAAUCUCCAUUUAAAACCCCAACAAUCUGGCACUAGAGAUGAAUGUUCUCAUUUAUAAUGUCUAUUUAUUUUACAGAGAGCAAACUGUCUGGAAAUGUGGUCUGGGUGACGGGCGCUUCCAGUGGGAUCGGGGAAGAGUUAUCAUAUCAAUUGGCCAAACUGGGGUCACGCCUGGUCCUGUCCGCAAGACGAGAGAAUGAAUUGCUAAAGGUGAAGCAAAAAUGUUUAGGUAAGAGAAAUGUACUUUUAUUAAUGAAUGAAACAGAAAUACUGUGUUUAAAGUUCGCUGUCACCUUUCAGGUUUUCAUGAAGGCAGAAUCAGAAGGUAUGUAGCACCCAGUAGGGACGUGUUUGUCAAUGUAAACGUAAAAUGUGGCAUAACUGAUAAAGAACUCCUCUUGUUAAAGUGCUUAAUGUGUGAAGACUGUCUUUAAAGAGUUACCUGCGCACUCUCUCAAAUCCCUGUGCACAUUUAAAUUACUAAAGGUUUGUUUUAGUAUCACUCUAUUAAAGUGUAAGCUCAACUGCCACGUCAAGGCAAAACCUCUUGGGUAAUAAGUCCUACACUAACAAAUCACCUCUCUGAUUUCAGCUUAAAAGGUAAAAUCUCUAAUGAGACAGACAGACAGGGGUAUUUUUAUGAACCCCCAACACAUUUACCCAGAGCUCCCGCCUUGUCCUAUGUUGCAAAACUGUAUUACAACUCAUUAAAGGAGUCUGUGAUUGGACAGCCGCAGAAAGUCUGUGCUGGGAAUUAGGAGAUGACUUGCAAUUGCUGCAGGUACUAGAUCUGCAGCUAUUGAAGCCAAGAUUUCAUAUGCCUCCAAAGAAAACUUGCUUAACAAAUGACAUUACAUGCGUAUUAUCUACUACAUUUUUUUUGUUUUUUUGUUAACCAUGUCUAUGCGGCAUUGCCAGGGUCUGCACACACACUCUGCAAACAUGUACGCACGUGAUUACCUGGUGCUACCUUUAAAGCACCUGCUCUGCUGAGCUCCCCCACAGUCCACCCACACAGCACGGGCCGGUAGGAAGAUUUAGAGAUCUCCCUGCAUGCUUACUCUGCAGGCUGCCCUCUGACUGAGAGCAGCUCUCUAGAAGUGCUCCUUCUCGGUCAGAGACCAGAAGCAGUCACUUCAAGGGGUCUUGUCAUCCUAUCACAUCGCCCCUCCCCCACAUAUUCACCCUGUCUCAUCACUCCGUUUCCACAAACUCAAUCACCCUGUCAUCUCCAUCGCCCAAACACACGACCUGUCACAUCCUUCUCUCCUCACCACAUUCUUUCACCCUAUAACAUAACCUCCCUCCCCACACACAAUUACCCUGUUACAUGUCCUUUCUCCACCACACACACUCAGUCAGCCUAUCGCAUCACACACAAACACACAGUCACCAUAUCAUAGACAUCCCACAUACUAACUGCUGACACAGCCACCCCCUUGACACAUUCAUCAUGUCAGUCACCCCACACAUAGUCAGUAUGUCCAUACCCUCGCACUUCCUCUUCACACACAGUCAUCAUGUCAGUCACCCCACACAUAGUCAGUAUGUCCAUACCCUCGCACUUCCUCUUCACACACAGUCAUCAUGUCACAGUCACCCCACACAUAGUCAGUAUGUCCAUACCCUCGCACUUCUUCUUCACACACAGUCAUCAUGUCACAGUCACCCCAUACACAGUCAGUAUGUCCAUACCCUCGCACUUCCUCUUCACACACAGUCAUCAUGUCACAGUCACCCCAUACACAGUCAGUAUGUCCAUACCCUCGCACUUCCUCUUCACACACAGUCAUCAUGUCACAGUCACCCCAUACACAGUCAGUAUGUCCAUACCCUCGCACUUCUUCACACACAGUCAUCAUGUCACAGUCACCCCAUACACAGUCAGUAUGUCCAUACCCUCGCACUUCUUCUUCACACACAGUCAUCAUGUCACAGUCACCCCAUACACAGUCAGUAUGUCCAUACCCUCGCACUUCUUCUUCACACACAGUCAUCAUGUCACAGUCACCCCAUACACAGUCAGUAUGUCCAUACCCUCGCACUUCCUCUUCACACACACAGUCAUCAUGUCACAGUCACCCCACGCAGUCAGUAUGGCCAUACCAUCGCACUUCCUCUUCACACACAGUCAUCAUGUCACAGUCACCCUACGCAGUCAGUAUGGCCAUACCAUCGCACUUCCUCUUCACACAUAGUCAUCAUGUCACAUAUUGAGUAAUGUUAUUUAUUUAAGUAUCUGUUUUUUUUAAUCUGUAACCUCGUUAACUGGUCAAUUAUUUUUUUUUAACUUUAUUUUCUGUCCAGACAAAAUUUCUCUUUGUUUAUUUUAAAUGAUAUGCUACAUACUGAAACAAAAAAAUACAUUUAAACAUUACUUUCCAUGACACCCAAAAUACUCAGAUUCUGGAGGUGGGUUUUUCUGAAAAUCACUUAUAGUGAAGGGGUUAAAAGUAGCUUUUGCCACUACAUCUUGCCAUUUCCCAUCAGCCAUUGUGAGUGACCUGAUUAUCUAUGGAGGAUCCUGAUGUCUUGUAGUUUCUUUCAUAGUUCCAUAUGUGCAAGAGUACAUCAGUGGCGUGGCUCUUGGUAGCUCUAGCCUUCAGGAGUGUUAAGAUUGAGAUGAAGAGCAACAAUAAGGAGAGAGAACUUUAGCUAAGCGUAUCUAUUUAUAUAGUUAUCUUCCUUUUUCAGGGAGUCACUAUGGAAUUGGAGAUGUCAAAUUGGGGAUGAGGGGUGUGUGUAAAAAAUUACAAAAACAUCACAAAUGACAAUACUGAUUUACAAUGGCAUUCUUGGCACCACAGCCACUGCAGGUUUAUUGAUAUCUUGUUAAAGUCUGAUACAAUGUUGUGUUUUGUGAAAAUGUAUGUGUACACAUCCACUCUGGGGGUAGGUAGGCAAUUAGAGAGCAAGCCGGCCUCUCCUCUUACUCGGGGUAGUAAGUUUAGUAGUUAUACAGCCAUUCUAAUAUAGGUAACAGCAUGUACAGAUAAUAAAAGUAUGUUCAUGCUUUAGAACCUAUUCCCCAGCAGAUAAGCUGCAUUCUAUUGCUUUGUACUGAUCUGCUACACAUACGCUAUUUUUUUUCCAGAGAUAAGUAACUUAGAAGAUAAGGAUAUUCUAAUUGUUCCUCUUGAUCUGACCAAUGCAAGCACCCACGAAGCAGCAACAGAGAACGUUCUGAAGCAUUUUGGCCAAGUAAGCACUAUUUCAUAAAACAUUUCUAGCUAUGUUUAAUGAGUCCAGGCAGUUGAUGGAGAGACAUUCAUUGUUUGUAGAGUUUUAGUCGGAGAGCACCUUGCACACGUUGGACCAGCUGGCAGGAGUUCAUUAACCCCCUGUCGUGUAAACCAGGUACUGAAAAAUGGCUCAGCUCACCCUCACUCAGUGCUCAAUGAAGUUUUAACUUUGACCUCAUACAGGCAGCGUUGCGGCUCUAGCUGAACCUUUAUCAAAAGUUUGAAAACUGGAGUUCCUGGAGAGAUCAGAAUGUAGAUUUGGCUUCAGGUUGACAGACAUUGAGUUGGAUUAUUUGCAGGAAUAUUGGCUAUGGCUGCCCUCAUCAAACUAGAUAAGGCAUCAGCAUUUCCUUUCUUAGAUCUAUGGUUAUAAGUAAUAAUAUGAUUAACUACUCCUCCUCCCAGCAAAUACUUCCAUUUCUCUGUGGCCAUUUAUUUUUAGCAGAGGUCUCACCAUUGGCUAUAUCAAAGUAACAUGAUGGGUCAACAUGGAUGGUCUCAACAUCUGAAACAGACACACUGUAUUCAGACAUAGUUCUUCCAGAUUAACUGAAUGACAGUGGACAAGGUUAAUGUCUUUUUAGGUUUGUCAAUGCAGACAGAGGAACAGUAGUCCAAUUUUUCAGGUUUGCUCUUUUUUUGGGUGAGAUCAGCUACAGAUCCAUCAGUUAUAGGUCCAACAAGCCACUUGGGAACUUUUCAGACCAAGUAAGUGUGUGGCUGAGAUAGAUUUAGGACUGACUUUCCCACCCAUCUCCAGUUCUACCUCCAUGUACUUGAUACAUACAAGCGCUUGUGGGUAGCGAAGCAUCCCGCCCUCAUACACUCACCGCCAGCGAUCUCGUAAGCAUCUGCACAUUUUUAUAUUAUACAUUGGUUUUAAAGUGUUUCAAAUGUAUAAUAAAUUUGAUGUUAUAUGUUUACUAUAUACAUUCUAGCUUUUGAUUGAACCAGCAAUAUUAUUUUGAUAUAUUGCACAAUCAUUUGUUCCUUGUGUUUAUUUUUUAUGAGAACAUUGGAUGCACAAAGAACUACUUAAGUAUACUACCUGUAUUGUUACACUUGCACUUUUUGGUGUCUAUAGAGGCUCAUUGUUUCACUUUGUUUGCUUUCCACUUAUACAUCAUUUUUUUUUUUUGCAUCUUAAGUGUGCUGGGUUCAUCUGGAGACACUGCACUUGCAUGUGUAUCAGCAUUGUCACUUGUUGGUAUAUACCAUAUUGCAUGAUUUUUUUUUUUUGCACUUUGUAAUGGAGAUAUUGCAGUUUUUUGCCCAUUUUUUUUCCUCUGCUCCUUUGAAUGCCUUUUUAGCGCUUUUUCCAAUUCUGAAUUUUUGAGCUAGAUUUACAUUGCUUUAGACAGGAUUCAUAGCAGUAAGAGGCUCCUGUCAGUUAUCCCUCUAUGGGCCCUCUUUGUGGCAUUGUGGUGGCAAACGUUGGCAACAGAAGAUCAGCUUGAUGUUGUGGCAUCGUUUGACCUUGAAUGAUAAAGUCUCUUAAUGUAGAAUACCCAAUCAAUGAUAUGGUAUGUCUAGUACAUGGGUAGGCAUCUUUCAGAACUCCAGAUGUUGUGGACUAAACCUCCUCUGAUGAUUUACCAACAUUAUGGCGGCAAGAAUAUUAUGGGAGAUUUCGUUCACAACAUCUGGAGUGCCAAGGGUUGCCUACCUGUGUCCUAGUACACUGGUUGAACUGAUUGGUAUAGUUCUCUGCUUUAUGCAAGUAAACCUAAUUUAUUCAUUUUAUACAUUAUUGACAAAUGUAUAAACUAUACUAACCUGCAAUGUGCUUCCAGGUCUGUGCAAUGGAUUGCACGUAGCUCCUCCCAGAAUAUCCAAAUAGUCAAGUGCUGACAAACAUUAUCUUUUAUUUUUUUGAGGUUUCAUUCUUGGGACGUAUCUUGAAUUAUGAAUUUUAUACAAAUACAGCUCAAGAUAAAAUACCUCCAGGAGUGAGAAAUGUAAACUCAAAACCACAAUUUUAAUAAUGAUAUUUAUUGUAGUUCUUCUUACGAUCAGCCUGUUUGUUGUUGGCAGUGUGAAAUCAGACUUUGUGUACAAAGCAUAUACAUUUAAAUACAUGCCAUCUAAAUCAGGCAUUCUGUAGAUAGUUUACAGGCAUAGUCUGAGACUGGACAAUAUAAAUUAUGGAAUAAAGCACCAUUAGAAGAAAUAGUAAAAAAAAAAAAUGUUCUAAAUGUAUUCACAGCCUCAGAACUUACCUCCAUUCCAGUGCCUAGACAGUAGCAUAGGCAGCAAGAGGGGGGAGGUGCCGCUAUUGCACACUUGUCAAUAAGCCUGCUGUGCGGGGAUGCAUAGAAUUAACAUUAGCCAGACAAACUCUUGUCAAAGGAAGGCUCAUGACGCCCCAGUGAUGCUUCUGGAGUUAUAACUCAGCAGAGCGGUUAAACUAUAGCUAAAGACUGUACCCGUAGACUCCAGGCACCAUGGCCACUUCAAAUGUGGCUGGAUUUCUCCUAUUAUAGGCUUACUCCACUGAUCUGAACAGCAAUGAUGAUAGCUAGUUCCGUCACUCCCGUAAGGAUUCAGAUGAAUUAAAGCAACAUUAAUAAGCAUCAAAACAACUUUAGCUUAAUGGAAUGGUUUUGGUGUAUAGAUCAUGACCCUGCAGUCCAACCAUUCAAUUCUCUACCAUUUAUGAGUUAAACCACUUUGUUUAUGCAGCUCUAGCCACACCUCUUUGCAUGUGACCUACACAGUCUCACAAGACACUUCCUGUAAAGUGAGAUUUAAUGUUUGAACUUCUUUAUUGCACAGUUUGUUUCAACUUAGCAUUUCUUGUCUCCUGUGUUCAUAGUAGUCCGCUAGAGCAUGCGUUAUUAAAAGGAUACUAUAGGCAUUAAAACAACUUUUUUGUUUCUGUUUAUGCAGCCUUAUGAUCCCCUGGCUGUCACUGACACAGCCUUCAUAAAAACAAAAUGGUUUAAUUUUCAAUUUGAUGUUAACUUGCAUUAGAUGUUUAUCUCCUGCUCUGUAAGUUGAACUUUAAUCACACAUAGGAGGCUCCUGCAGAGUCUAGAAUGCUAUUAACAGACUAGGAGAUAAGAAAUUCAAAAUUAAACAGAAUGUGCAAUAAAGAAAGUGUAAAUAAUAGAUCUUACUUUACAGGAAGUGUUUAGUAAGGCUGUGCAAGUCACGUAGAAUCCUAGAAUGUGACGGCAGAUAAGAACCAUUCGGCCAAUCUAGUCUGCCCAAUUUUCUAAAUACUUUCAUAAGUCCCUGGCCUUAUCUUAUAGUUAGGAUAGCCUUAUGCCUAUCCCACACAUGCUUAAACUCCUUCAUUGUGUUACCUCUACCACUUUAUCUUGAAGGCUAUUCCAUGCAUCCACUACCCUCUCAGUAAAGUAGUACUUCCUGAUAUUGUUUUUAAACCUUUGCCUCUCUAAUUUAAAACUAUGUCCUCUUUUUGGGGUAGUUUUUCUUCUUUUAUAAAUAGUCUCCUCCUUUACUGUGUUGAUUCCCUUUAUGUAUUUAAAUGUUUCUAUCAUAUCCCCCCGUCUUGACUUUCCUCCAAGCUAUACAUGUUAAGAUCCUUUAAUCUUUCCUUGUUUUAUCCUGCAAUCCAUGAACCAGUUUAGUAGCCCUUCUCUGAACUCUCUCUAAAGUAUCAAUAUCCUACUGGAGAUACAGUCUCCAGUACUGCGUACAAUACUCCAAGUGAGGUCUCACCAGUGUUCUGUACAAUGGCAUGAGCACUUCCCUCCCUUACUGCUUAUACCUUUCCCUAUACAACCAAGCAUUCUGCUAGCAUUUCCUGCUGCCCUAUUACAUUGUUUGCCUACCUUUAAGUCGUCAGAAAUAAUCACCCCCCCCUAAAUCCCUUUCCACAGAUGUUGAGGUUAGAACUCUAUCAAAUAUUCUGUACUCUGCCCUUGGGUUUUUACGUCCAAGAUGCAUUAUCUUGCACUUAUCCACAUUAAAUGUCAGUUGCCACAACUCUGACCGUUUUUCUAGUUUAUCUAAAUCAUUUGCCAUUUGGCUUAUCCCUCCUGGAACAUCAACCCUGUUAGAUAUCUUAGUAUCAUCGGAUCGCUCGCAAUAUGCGUUCAUUUCUGACAGCGACUCCCUCCCUCUCCCAGUCACGUGUGGUGUUCCCCAAGGUUCCAUUCUCGGCCCCCUACUAUUUACAUUGUUUAUAAAUGAUCUGCCUAAUGUCUGCAAAUCCUCAAAUGUACACAUGUACGCAGAUGACACAGUAAUCUAUGCGCGCAAAUCCAAUCUACCGCAGCUUGAGGCUGUGCUCCAAGAUCAGUUUACAGAGGUAGAAAAGUGGAUCGCAAAAACCAAACUCUUCCUAAACACUGACAAAACUGUCACAAUGAUCUUUGGAACAGUACCUAAAUUACACAAAUUACACAAUUCCCACCUAUCCAUCAAAACAAAUUCAAAUGGCACACUGACCGCAGUCCACUCUUUUAAAUACUUGGGUAUGAUAUUAGACCCCAAUCUAUCUUUUGGCCUCCACAUAGAAAAACUUGCAUCUAAACUUUAUCCAAAACUAGGUGCCCUGUACAGAAACAAAUCCUGCCUAAGCCCUAGAGUAAAGGAAAAUAUUGUACAGCAAAUGCUGAUGCCAAACAUUGAUUAUGGGGAUAUAGUAUAUGCGUCUGCAUCGCAAUCCCACAUUAAUAAACUCAACACAUUGUAUAACUCGUUCUGCUGAUUUGCGCUACAAUGUAAUUACAGGACUCACCAUUGUGACAUGCUAAAAGUACUAAACUGGCUGUCACUGGAAUCCAAACGCACCCUUCAUCUUUCCAGCCUUGUGUUUUAAGAGCUUUUCUGGGAAACUUCCACCCUACCUGAGCUUAAUGCUAUAACCUCCGAUCCAGUACCUGCACUUUAUUUAGUCUACCUCAAUACAAAAAGAAAGCAGCCAGAUCCUCCUCCUACAGAGCACCGCAAUUGUGGAACGACCUCCCGCACCAUUCAAAAUCUUCCCUAAGCCUAAAGUCCUUUAAGAGAUCCCUCUCUACAUACCUCAAAACAGAAUGCACGUGUCAUGGUUGAUUAUAUAUUUCCUGCCUGUUCUAUGUUACAUUUUGUAUAUAUUGUGUAUUAAUAUUGUAUUUGUAUUUUAUUGUACCCUAAUGUAACAAUGCAAUGUUUUAUGGACCCAGGACAUACUUGAAAACGAGAGAAGUCUCAAUGUAUCUUUCCUGGUAAAAUAUUUUAUAAAUUAUAAAUAAAUAAAAAAGACAUCCCUUACCAUCAAGACCUUCUGCAAUAUCACUAAUAAAAACAUUAAAGAGAAUGGGUCCAAGUACAGAUCCCUGAGUGACAAGCCCAUGCUCCGAAUAUACUCCAUUGACUACAAGCCUCUGUUACCUGUCACUCAGCCACUGCCGUACCCAUUCAGGGAGGUGUGACUAUGGCUGGAUAAACAAUGUGAUUUAACUUCUAAUUGACAGAUAAUUGAGUUGUGAGACUGCAGGGGCAUGAUAGAGAUAUAUAUAUAUAUAUAACAUGACUGCUUCAUUAAGAUAAAGUUGUCUUGGUACCUAUAAUAUCAUUUUACAUAAAAAUUCAACCAUUUAAAAAAUAAAAAAAAAUAAAAAUGCAUUCUGUGUUUGUCAUAGCCAGUGGAGGUGUUGCUAGGGCUGCAUAAACAGAAACAACGUGAUUUAACUCCUAAAUGACAAAGAAUUGAGCAGUGAGACUGCAGGGGCAUGAUCUAUACACCAAGACUGCUUCAUUGGGGAAAAGCUGCUUUUGGUGGUUAUAGUAUCCCUUUUAUCGCCUGUUUUUGUAAAGCAGUAGCAAAGCUAGGCUUUGUGUAACGAGAUAGGCACUAUUUUUUUUUUUCAAACCACUUGCAAACAGUUUGGCACAAAAUGGAGCAAAUGUGUCCAUAUAACCAUUGCACCAUAACCACCACAAUAAGAUAUAGAUUGGGAUCCCAUUAAUGUGUUGAAAUUGGUUUGAUAACUUGUUGUUGAUUCCAUUAUUCUAAAUUAUUAAUUGAAAUUAAUGAAACAUUUCUCUUUCAGAUUGAUGUUUUGGUAAAUAACGGAGGGCGCUCACAGCGCUCACUGUGUAUGGAGACUGACCUGGAUGUUUAUCGGGCUUUACUAGAGGUCAAUUAUGUGGGGACGGUUUCCUUAACCAAGCACGUUCUCCAACACAUGGUUCAACGGAAAAAAGGAAAGGUUAUAUCAAUAAGCAGCGUCACCGGCUUUAUCGGGGUGCCACUCUCUUCUGGGUACGCCGCCAGCAAGCACGCUCUUCAGGUAAUUAUAGAUUUGGAUUUCUAACUUGUUCAUGUGACUCUUUGCUGAUUGCCACCGAAAUUGGUAGCUUUGUUCUAGAACUAUGCUUUUAAUUUCCAAAAGCUAAGAUUGUUUUACUAUUACUAAGAGCAAUACUGGGUUAUCUGAAAUGUCACGGCGUGUGACUCUAGAAUAGUAUGAGGACACAAAUCCACAGUUAAUUCUAUAGGGGUAAAACUACUAUUAAAUCAUGUCUGUAGGAACUUUAAUAAUAGAAUCUCAGAACAGUCCACUUGGCAUCAGGCAACAGCAUACAGAAUAAUCCAAUUACUUUAUUUCUUCAUAUAGAUAUAGCCAUUCCCAUCAUGGGAGUUGUAGUUCUACAACAUCUGGGGAUCUAACUUUUGGGCACCACUGAGAUCUAAAAAUCUACACUGGCACACAGCUGGGUGUGGGGUGGAGGGGAAGACACCAAAAAAAGUUCACACCACUUCUUCAGAAGCAAAGCCGUUGCAAAUGUAAUGACACAAAGUGGUGUGGGGUGGUGGAUUAUAUAUGGUGGAUGGCAGGAGAGGUGGAUUAUAUAUGGUGGAUGGCAGGCGAGGUGGAUUAUAUAUGGUAGAUGGCAGGCGAGGUGGAUUAUAUAUGGUAGAUGGCAGGCGAGGUGGAUUAUAUAAGGUGGAUGGCAGGGGAGGUGGAUUAUAUAAGGUGGAUGGCAGGGGUGGUGGAUUAUAUAUGGUGGAUGGCAGGAGAGGUGGAUUAUAUAUGGUGGAUGGCAGGAGAGGUGGAUGGCAGGCGAGGUGGAUUAUAUAUGGUGGAUGGCAGGGGAGGUGGAUUAUAUAAGGCGGAUGGCAGGGGAGGUGGAUUAUAUAAGGUGGAUGGCAGGGGUGGUGGAUUAUAUAAGGUGGAUGGCAGGGGUGGUGGAUUAUAUAUGGUGGAUUAUAUAUGGUGGAUGGCAGGGGAGGUGGAUUAUAUAUGGUGGAUGGCAGGAGAGGUGGAUUAUAUAUGGUGGAUGGCAGGAGAGGUGGAUUAUAUAUGGUGGAUGGCAGGAGAGGUGGAUUAUAUAUGGUGGAUGGCAGGAGAGGUGGAUUAUAUAUGGUGGAUUAUAUAUGGUGGAUGGCAGGGGAGGUGGAUUAUAUAUGGUGGAUGGCAGGGGAGGUGGAUUAUAUAUGGUGGAUUGCAGGGGAGGUGGAUUAUAUAUGGUGGAUUGCAGGGGAGGUGGAUUAUAUAUGGUGGAUGGCAGGAGAGGUGGAUUAUAUAAGGUGGAUGAUAUAUGGUGGAUGGCAGGGGAGGUGGAUUAUAUAUGGUGGAUGGCAGGGGAGGUGGAUUAUAUAUGGUGGAUGGCAGGAGAGGUGGAUUAUAUAUGGCAGGAGAGGUGGAUGGUGGAUGGCAGAGAGGUGGAUUAUAUAUGGUGGAUGGCAGGAGAGGUGGAUUAUAUAUGGUGGAUUAUAUAUGGUGGAUGGCAGGAGAUUAUAUGGUGGAUUAUGGAUUAUAUAUGGUGGAUGGCAGGGGAGGUGGAUUAUAUAUGGUGGAUGGCAGGGGAGGUGGAUUAUAUAAGGUGGAUGGCAGGGGAGGUGGAUUAUAUAAGGUGGAUGGCAGGAGAGGUGGGUACGUUAGGUGGAUGGCAGAGAAAUCUAUAAAGUGGAUUGCUGUUGAGGAUGGUAUAUAGUAGGCUAAAGGAGUGGUUAUUGAAAGGAUUACAAGGAGAUUACGUGGAGUUAUCUGUGUGUAAGAUAGUGACUGGCACGUUGCUAAUCUUCAGCCAGUGCCUGAUCUGGACUUUAAACAUUACUGUUCUAGGUUACACGUGUAACCAGGGGUUAAAAGGGAAUAUUUUAAUUUUAUUUUUUUUGUGCAAUCCAAAUGAGCGUGACUCCCAAUCUGGAGAAUCUGGCUAUUAUGGUGGUCAGUUUAUUUAACAGAGAUCCUUCUCUUAUUUAUGAAAAACACCCAGUUUAUUUCCUUGCUCUCUGUUUUGUAUGCUACUUUAUUGCUCAAAUGUUGUUUUUCUUACUCUACAAUAAUUGUAUGAUUUGUGGGGUUUUUUUUUAACCUCUGACAUGCUUGAACAAAUUUUUACAAUGAAAAUGUAAACCCAUUACCCGUGAUCCUAAUCCACUUUUUGUCCUUCCUUUUGAAAAUACAGGGAUUUCUCAACAGUCUGCGAGUAGAACUAGGAUCUUACCCAGAUAUAACAAUUAGUAUUGUGUGCCCAGGACCUGUCCAGUCUAAAAUAGUGGAAAAUGCUUAUACGGAAAAGAUUGAGGUACAUUUCUAGAAACCUUAUUUUAUACACUUGGCAUGGAAUGCCUGGAAAUGCUCACAUUUGCUCAAUUCUUCAUUAUCUUUCCAGUAUAACAUUGCAAUGAGAAGCAGUGACUUGUGGGGUGCAAGACACAGUGAUCACACGUUACACAUUUCAUACGGAGUAUGAGGAUGUAAACUACCUUAGUAUGAAGUCCAUGGUUGAUUGGACAGUUUAGAGGGCUGGCAAAGGCCUUUGCUGUCAAGCAUAUUUAAAACUACAGAAAAACACAGAUUUUAAUCAUAAUUUUGAAAAAUAAAUAUUCCUAUACGCUAUUCAUAAUGACGAUAAACCAGUUUUGUCUGUCUUGAAUGAACAAAAACUGUGCACUUCUAGAGUAUAUUUUUUACGUAUGUAACGGUUUUGAAGGUUUAAGAUUGCAUCAUCAUUGUGGUGAAUAUAUUGCACCAAAUAUGUUGAGAAUCUCCAGUGGCAUUUUACAUGAAUGGUGCACCGUGGGCGUACCACAACCUGCUUACUGUCAGAAUAAGAACUACUUUGAAGUGACCCGUGACUUCCCCAGUAAUUACACCAUUAAAUAGAACGUUACAAAUGGGUUAAUCCUUAUUCAUGUGAUGCUGAUUUAUAUUUUAAAGGGUACAAUAAGGAUUUAGCAGCUAAAAUUAAAAUCCAGUUCAGUCCUGGCACAGCCAAGGCAUGGGUUACAUUGGAGAGGGAUGAGAAAGAAAAACUCUGUUGCUCAACUUCGGUCUGUGCUGACUGUAAAGAGCAGAUUUAACAGUGUAACAGUGAUUGACAGGAAGCCAAGAUGGAUGUGCUCGGGUAAAGAGCACAAAGUGAAUAAAUUUAUUUUUCAAGCCUGACAAACACUUAUUUGUUAAAGAUAGCAGACAAGUGAAUAUUAUAUUAAACAUACCUAGAAGUGACGGUUCCCCUUUUAACAUGUUCAUUUUUGACCGUACUAUCUAUACACAAAUAAUUAUUUUCUAAGAACAGUGUAGUUUUAUUCAACUUUAACGAUAAUCACACACUACAUUAUACCAGUCAAUACAAUACUUACUGUCUUCAAAUCGCUUAUUGUAAAUGCUAAUCAUCUUUUCUCAACUCACCACAACUAUGACACUAGCAUGACUGCCGGUGUAAUUAUGUAGAAUUUUAGACAUGUCAUUUUAUACUUCUUGCAGGGAUCCAAUCAGUGUAUUGAAGUAAAUGAGAAAUUGUGAGAUGUCGAACUUCCUCCCUCUAAUUUUGUUUAUUUAUUUUUAAUGUUUAUUUCAAUGUGUAGGUUGAGCCCUUUGAGUUACUCGCAUAGCAAAACCACAACUCUUCCGGUAUUGCUAUUUACAUAUUUUGUCACUCACAUAUUGCUGUUCUCUUUUCAGAAAUCUGCUCCCACGACAGAUCAGUCUUCUAAAAUGCCCACUGAGCGCUGUGCUCGGCUCAUACUGAUUACCAUUGCAAAUAACCUGUACGAAACCUGGAUUGCAGAGCAGCCUUUUUUAGCAAUAUGUUACCUAUGGCAGUACACUCCAACAUGGGCAUGGUGGUUAACAGGAAAGAUUGGCGCGCGAAGAAUACAGAAUUUCAAACGAGGAGUGGUAUGUGUGUAUAUAUAAUUUUAUUUAUUAUUUUUUUUCCACCAACCGUUUUAUAGAUAUUACUAGCAAAACAAAUUCACUCCGAUUUCAUUAGGGAAAACUUAUAAAAUGUACAUUUUGAACAAGAUCGUAGUAAGCAGUAACACUGGGGUUAUAGUGAUAGAAACAUUAGUUUAGGGCGAACAUCAAGAGGUGUGGUUACAGUUGGAGCAUUAACACUACAUUACUUUGGGGUCCUAUAUGCGUUUAAUAAUUAUGUAAUUGGGUAUAAACACAUUUACACACAGUUAAAUGCAGUAUUACAGUGAACACGUGUUGGUAUGAAACACUGUGGUCAACUCAAAUAUCAAGUUUCUUAAAGCGGCACUGUCAUGCUGAAUCCUGUUUUUUAAACCCACUCGCCCACUCUCUCUAAUUGACCCCUAGUCACCCCCAAAUGCCCCUAAGCCUUUUUUUUUUUUUUUCCUUUAUUUUCUGCCCCGAUCUUUAUUCAGGGCGCCGCUAUCUUUGUGUGGGUAGAUGAAGUCCCUGUGGGACACGUUAUCUGCCCACACUAUAUAGCGCUGUGAGAUUCCCACACAUGCCCAGUGAAACACCUGGACAUGCGAACGGGAAUUUCAUCUAUUCAUUCAUUCAUUCAUCAGAAAGCUGAAUGAAUAGAAAUGUCAGACGAACAAACUAACACUGUGUAUCAGUGUUCGUUUGUUCGUGCAGUUUAUUACAAGGAGGGAGCUACCGGCACGCAGCUCCCUCCUUGUAAUAUGUAACUAUAGAAGCGGCAGGGAGCAGUGCUCCCCAGCACUUCAUAAGCCCCCCAGGUCCCCCCUCACUCUAUGGGGGUCAAUAUGACCCCCCAUAAUAGCAUAAAGGAGAUUAAAAUCUCCCUACUUGCUAUACCGCAAGUAGGGGCAUGUCCACUAAACAGUGAGCAACCCGUGGCUGCUCACUGUAAAAAACAAAAAAAAAAACUAUUGGCCCCCACCCCUGAAUGACGGGUGGGGGCCCCGAAGUAAAAUAAGGGGGGAGACCUAUUGUCCCCCCCAUCCCUGGGUGGCAGGUGGGGUGCCAUAAAGAUAAUGAGGGGGGGGGGACCCUCUGUUCACCCCCCCUCCGGCCCCCACCCCUUGGCGGCGGGUGGGGGCCAUAAUGAUAAUGGGGAGGGGGGACCUACUGUCAACCCCCCCUCCGGCCCCCACCCCUCGGCGGCAGGUGGGGGCCAUAAAGAUAAUGAGGAGAGGGACCUACUGUCCUCCCCCCGCGGCGGUGGCCAUAAUGAUAAUGAGGGGGGGACGGGACCUACUGUCCACCCCACGGCAGCGGGUGGGGGUCAUAAAGAUAAUGUUCCCCCCCCAAGUCAAAUUCACUCCCGCAGGGGGGGAACCUACUGAUAAUGAGGGGGGGGACCUACUCCCCCUCCGGCACCCACCCCUGGGCUGCAGGCGGGGGCCAAAUGAUGAGGGGGGGGGGACCUACUGUCCAUUUCUCCGCCCCCACCCCAGGCGGUGGGGUUAAGAUAAACCAGUCCUAGCCUCCCACCCCCUCCUAACUCAAAUUCACCCCCAUCAGACUAGGGGUCCCCAAGCCCCUAGUCCCCCACCCAAAAAUAAACAAGUCCCUACCUACCCCCCUCACUCUAAAAAAUAGUGAGGGGGGGAAUAAAAUAACUAACCUGUAAAAUAAAAUUAAACUUACCAUUCGACGUCUUCUUUUUUCUCAAAUCUUCAUUUUUCAGCCCCAAAAAAGGCCAAAUAAAAAACCAUCAUAACCGUCGAACUUAUAAAAAAAAAAAAAAAGACGAGUGAAAAGAGCAGAGCCAAAAAAGAUCCAUCUUCACCAGGGCUCCAGACUGAGCUCGUAGGGGAGCCUUGCCAAGCUGCUCGCCUGUAAUUAGCCGAUUGGUGGGUUUAAGCCAAUCAGAGUGCUCUGUGUCAUUUUACACAGCGUGGGAAAAUUCCAAAGAACUUUCCCACGCUGUGUAAAAUGACACAGAGCUCUGUGAUUGGAUGGAUUUCAAGCCAUCUAAUCACAGUGCUGUGUGUCAUUUUACACAGCGUGGGAAAAUUCUAAAAUACUUUCCCACGCUGUGUAAAAUGACACAGAGCACUGUGAUUGGAUGGAUUUCAAGCCAUCCAAUCACAGUGCUCUGUGUCAUUUUACACAGCGUGGGAAAAUUCCAAAGAACUGUGUAAAAUGACAAAGAGCACUCUGAUUGGCUUAAACCCACCAAUCAGUGUUCUUAGCCUAAUUGCAGGGCGGGGCAAGGCUUUAUAAGCCGGAGCUCAGUCUGCGGAGCCCUCCAUGGGUGAAGAUGGAUUAUUUUUUUGCGCUCGGGUUUCUUUGUCGUCUUUUUUUUUUUUUGCGCUCGGGAUUUUUAUUUUAUUUUAAGUUCGGUUAUGAUGGUUUUUUAUUUGGCCUGAAAAAUGAAGAUUUUAGAAAAAAGAAGACAUCAAAUGGUAAGUUUAAUUUUACUUUACAGGUUAGUUAUUUUAUUCCCCUCUCACUAUUUUUUAGGGUGAGGGGUGUAGGUAGGGGACUUUUUAUUUGGGUGGGGGGUUGGGUGACCAGGAGCUUGGGGACCCCUAGUCACCUUUGAUGGGUGGGUGAAUUUGAGUUAGGGCCACCCAGGGGUGGGGGCUGGGGUGACAGUAGGUCCCCCCCCCAUUAUCAUUAUGGCCCCCGCCCAGGGGUGGGGGCCGGAGGGGGAAUGGACAGUAGGUCUCCCCGCCUGCCGUGCAGGGGUGGGGGGGACAAUAGGUCUCCCCCCUUAUUUUACUUUAAGGCCCCCACCUGUCGUUUAGGGGUGGGGCCAAUAGUUUUUUUGUUUUUUUUACAGUGAGCAGCCACAGGCUGCUCACUGUUUACUAGACAGGCCCCUACUCGCGGUAUAGCGAGUAGGGGCAGCAUUUACUAAUACUAAGUAAUUUUUACUUGGUAUUAGUAAAUGUGGAUGAAAGACCAAUUUAGGGCUUUCAGCCUUUUGGUAGAUAACUCCCUGAUACCGUGGGAAUUAGGGAGUUAUCUACUAAGCGGCUGCAAGAUGCAGCCGCGGCAAUGAAUAGGAUCGGAGUUUCAUUCAUUCGAAUGAAAUUGCGAUCCGAAUAAAGUGCCGAAUUGCGUUCUAAAACAAACGAACAUACUGUUCUCAUUCAGUUAGAACGCAAUUUGGCAGUUUCAGCUAAAAUGACAGGAACAAUCGCGGGAACACUGAGGAAAGGUAAGAAUUAUGGGAAAAUUGCUCUGACCAGCGGAAAUGAAGCACACUUUGCUCCUCCGCUGGUCAGAGCUGGUCAAGCGGAGGAAUCCUCCAUAAGGCAGAGUCCCUACUUUGUCUUAUGAUUUUAAAGAAAACUAAAGAAGACAGGAAGAAAAGAAGAACAGAUCCUGAGAGAGGGGGAAAAGAGGAAGAGAUUGAGGAAAGGUAAGUUCGGUAUGACAGUGCCGCUUUAAAAAUCAGUGUUCUGGUAUCGCUGAUAAAAUGUUAAACCUGCAUUUAUAUAAACUUAACUCCCUCUAAUGGGUUUCUAACAGACAGUCACCUGACUGACACUAGACAUCUUCACAAGGACAUCCAGCAUCAGCCAAAACCCUUUAGGAAAGCUUUGAAGCCAAGUCUCUCUGUUCUCCUGUGCAGACAGUCGUUCACUAAAGUGUGAAUUGUCAGGAGUCAAAGUGAAUUAAAAUUUUUAACCCAAGUCAAAUAGAAAACACAGCUGCAGCUCUAUUGGUCAAAAACGUUUUUAAAUUACAUUGAGUUCCUAAAAAGGUGCACAAUGCAAUUUGCAUCAACCUGCGGUGAUUGGGAGAAUCUAAUCAAAUAUGAACUUAAUGGUUUCACAAAAUGUUUGUUUUUAGCAGAAAUGCACCAGUGUAUGAUUUGUUGUUGUUUUUAUUUUAGGACGCAGAUUCUUCAUACUUUACAAAAAAGAUCAAUUAGAAGAAACCCCUUUAUGACUUCUUCAAUGCAGCAUUCAGGCAAUACUUCAAAAAGGAGAAAUGUCAAUGUAUUCGUACAAUAUGUUCUAAUGAAACCACAACCCUUGAUUCAUGUUUAUACGAUUUUGUACUGAGAUUGUCACUGUGGAAGGCUGUAAGUAACCCCAUUCAUAACGAUAAUGCACUAAACAAUAUGGGGGGGGAGGGAAACUCCUUGUAUUUAACUUUCCUGCUGUAUUCGGCUAAUAAACUGCAAGCUAGCUGCACCCAGACCAGUACUCAAUCAAAAAGGAGCCUGGUCUGUGGGGUUCUUCAUAUCCCGUAAACCACGGCUGCAACAUUUCUUGUUCAACCCUCACCUGGAGAUCUCCGAGUGGGCUGGCUACUCAAUAUGCUGAUCGUAGCUACAAACAGGCUGUUAUCCAUUUACUCACUGUCUCAUCAGUUUUCUGAAAUGGAGUGUUUAUAGUUAUUGCUUGUAAGUGAAUUUUCCCCCAAUUGUUUUUGCUCACCAAUAUACUUUAUUUUAUUUUUUUUAUUUUCAGCAACUGCAAAUGUAAACAAAAUGUGUGUGCACAGAGACUUUUGAAAUCUGCUAGUAAGAUGGAAUAAAUAUAUUAAAUUCAGCCUUAAUAGAAUGGAAAUCAGAUUCCUGAUUUAAAUUUGUUUUGUAAAUGAGGAAUAUUUAAAUGUAAUUUAUUUAUUUUUUAAACAGUGGCAAAAUCCAGCUGUGUCUCUUUAAAAGGGAGGUCUGGCACCAAAACCACCACAACCUGCUGCAGUGGUUAUGGAGCCAGGAAUCCCCUGAUGCUGUAUUACUUGUAGUACUCAGAUCAUUUUCAAACAUUUAUCCAUGUAUUUCUUUAUUGCCUGUUUGGAAUGUUCUGUAUUUUUUUGAAGUUUUGAUUUAUUUACAAUAUGCUGUUGCAUAUUGAUUCCAAAAUACCUGAGCUGGAAAAAUGUAAAAAUAUUCUAAUUGAUAUAUCUUGGACUAGGUUUGACAUUCACCUUAAUUCGUGGCAGUUUCUAGGGUGGAAUAGGAAUUUAUAUAGGUUUUAUUUAGAAUUGUUUAACAUGCCCUCAGGUUAUGACCUUUCACCCGCUGGUUAACUACAUCUCCCAUGCUGCACUGCCAGAAUGUGACACUAUGAGUGUUCUAGUUCUGAUUAACUUUGACAGAGUAGGGAAAAAAGACUUAAUAAGAAACCACAAACUUUGCUUUAUUACAAUAAACAUGAAUAUUUUAUAAAAGAAUUGAUACAUUAUAAACAAUUUGGUCAAACAUUGUAGAUCUUGUUUUUUUUUGAUUGUACACAUUUUACACUGGAAGCAAUGACCUAUUUAAGUCACUUGUCUGGUUGCUAUAAUAUUGAGAGAAAAUGUAACUAAGUGAGAGCACUUAUCUAGAGGUAAUGUGAAUACCACUGUAUCCCAGGAAUUCUGUACAUGCAGUUAAUUUAAAAAAUAAAAAAAUUCUGAACACUAAAAUGUCCAAGAGCAGCAUCUAUUGUCGUGUAACUACAUCGGUCAUAAAAUGGUUAUUUCCCACUGGACAUGCAGAGACACAGUACAAAGGGUUAAUACAAAGGCACGUGGAGUGGUACGGAGGAGUAAAUUGGAUAUCCAAGUGGCGGGUCUGCCGCUUGCACAGUUAAAUUUCGUAAAAGCACUGGAUGAGCUUGAAUGCUGUAACGUUCUUCGUCAUCGUUUGUAGCGUACAAGAGCUCCCAAGAUAAGUUUGCCCACUGACCUCGAACAGCUUCUGCAUUCAACUUUCCAAUCUGCACCAGUUGGUCCUGGAGGGUGAGUACUCUGCCCGUGUAAACUCCCUUAAUGUACAUGAAACACAGAAAGCAAGAUAUCACAGCUAACUUUCUUUACAGAACAAAAUUAUACCAGUAUUUAUCAGCAUGAGAUGACUUGCUGUCCUCUGCAUUUUUCCAUUUGGAUUAAUUUACUCUGAGAUAGAAUGUAAUUAUGUAGACAACAGUUUAAUGUAUUCUCAUAUGGUUCUAUUGCAGAAUACGGAGCACAAGGAAGAUAAAUGUAGCAUAAUGGUGCAGUCAAACAUCUACAACAGCCUGCGGUGCUUGUGGUUACGGAGUCUCCAGACACCAACCCACACUAAGCAGUUAACCCGUUUGGCUCUUGUCAGCCAAUCAGCACACUCUGUGCUUCCUGAAAGUUAAAAUUGAGAAGCUGGAUGCCACUGGAGGUAACUUUGGGGUUAACUUCUGAAGAUAAGAAUGUGCCUGGGGGCCUCCUGGUAGUAUAACAAAUUAAUUUAGAAGAUGUUGCCUUAUGCUAGGGAUUGACCGAUAUUGGCUUUUUUUUUUUUUUUUUUAGAGCAGAUACCGAUAAUCUGAACUUUCAGGCCGAUAGCCGAUAAUUUACCGACAGUCUGUACAUUUACCGUUUUGAAAAAAUAAACUUUCUAUACAAAUCUACUGUAACUGAACAUGUUUAUUUUAUUUUUUUGCAAAUCUUUUUUUAUUAAGGUAAAUGCACAAAAUAUACAUGUCAGUCAGAAUUAUUUACCGUGGAAACUGCUGCAACGUUCCAAGCUCGCGAGAAGAGAGCCCGAUGAAGCUGCAGGUAAAAGCUCCCCCGGGUCCUCUCUCCCUCCUUCAGCUGCAAUAUCUUUAUAGGGUGCUGAAAAUGCAGAACAUCGGACGAUAUUCGGUCGAUCCCUACCUUUAUGCAGCCUAAACUAUCCUUUUCAAGUCUAAAAUGAACUUUGAAUUCUCACGUUAGUCCAUAAACCUGUAGGGCUCCUGGACAUCUCCAUUCCAGACAUUCUUACUCCCAUAAUAAUGACAUCAAUUCUGCCUGUGUUUAGACAAAACUGGUUGGCAGAUAAUGUCAGCUUUUAGCCAAGGACUAAAAUUCAAAUGGCAGGACAUUCAUCUAGCUAAUGCAGAGGGUAACUUCUGCUUCAAUUAUAUCAAAAAGUAGGUGCCCCCCUCUGUAAGUGAUACUUACCUAUACAUCCUGCAGCACGCUAGUCUCCAUACUACCUCCCUUUCAGAGAUCGUCAGUCUCACUAAUGUCAGCCAAUCCAACGCUUCCUCAUAGGGAAGCAUCGGGAGCCUAGUGAGCAUUUAUGGCAAAACUAUGCACUGUGUAAAAUCAAAUGAUCUAUAACCGCGUUAAAUGCGGCUACAGCCGAGGGAGCGCAUUAGAGGCGCAUUAACCCUGCAAUGAAAACAUUACUAUCCCUGCAAAGUCAAACAACUUAAACUAGAUAAAGAUGUCUGGGUGCCUAUAAAGCUGUUACUGUGCCAGAAUAUUUCUUUAAAGGUAAGACUGUGACGAAAAACUCUGGGUACCAUUACAACUUGCCUGAAAUGAAGUUGUCAUGGUGCCUGGGGUGUUUCUUUAGAAGAAAACUAGUGUUACUAACAUGAACCUGUAUUACUAACCCUAUAGUGUCCCUAACUUUAAAGGUCCCCCCCUCCUUUUUCAAAGGCUUAACAAAAAACAAAACUUUUCCACAUGCUUUUUUCCAGCAGUGAUGGCUAGGUAAACGCCUCCCGUGGUGCGGGGACCGAAUGUGUAUAUACAGUAAAUGCUGCAUAGUAAAGCGUCCACAUAGAAAGCAUUUAAUAUAUGGGGAAUUUAUAGAUCUUACACGUCCUCAUACUAAACUGGAAGACCGUGCCUAGAUGUUGGUUAAACCCUCAAUGUAAUUAUUGCGAAUAAUUCCCAAACUGCUUAUAUUUUACAGUGCAGGGUUAAAGGGACACUGUAUCCAGACCAUUUCCAUGGGAUGAAGUGGGCUUGGUGCCUGUAGUGUCUCUAAGCUUAAUUCUCCCUAUUUCCUUCUGCAAACCACACAUCAUAUAUCUGAAAUGCUCUAGAAAGGUAGGGAUGAUGUGAUGCAGCUACUCACAUGCCACAUUUGUGACUUUCUAUAAUGCAAAUAUUGAUUUUAAUUGCGGUUUAGGACAUCGUGCCUUUGUGAGAACGAUCAAGAAUUCUAUCCCAUUGUACAGCGCUACAGAAUUUGCUGGCGCUAGAUAAAUAAUAUAAUAAUAAUAUUAUUUCCGAUCUGAGGCCAAAUAGCUGAACAUGAAAAAGUCAAGUGGACUGUGCCUCCAGUUCAGAUACUCUGACCUUAAAGGGACACUAUAGGCACCCAGACCAUUUCAUCUCAUUGACGUGGUCUGGGUGCAGUGUCCUUGCCCCUUUAAUCCCUGCCUUACAGUUCUAAAGACUAGUCUCUAGAGGCGCUUCCUGCAGUUUCAUGGAGUUUGACUCUGUGAAAUGACGCUGAACGUCUUCACGCUUUCCAUCUGGAGAAAUUAAUUUCCUAUGGGGAAGUCCCAAUGCGCCUGCGUGCGGCACUUACCGAGCAUACGCAUUAGGUACCCCCUACAGGCUGAUGGCGGAGGGGGUGGGCGCCAGAGUGCACUAAAGUAUUAGACAUGCAGUUUUCUGUAUUUCUAACACUAUAGUUUUCCUUUACACUUUCACUCUGAAUUCAAUUCUCACUUAUACCCCCAUAUAGUGAAUAUACCCGAUAGAUUAGAUAUGUACCUUUUGCGGCACUAGAAGCCCCAUAACUGAUCAUGAGUGCAAAGUUAUGGUACAGAACAUACCUUGUACAAACUAGAUAAUGUACUAAAAAAAUCUGCAUAUAUUAGAACAUAAUAGAGAAUAAAAUAGAAAAUACACAAAGUCAAACACACGGUAUCUGUAUUUCAGGUACACAUUAAUAAGGUGUACGUAUUCUGAAAGUUUGUUGAACCAAGAAUGCCUUGAAGGUUUCCUGAUCCGUGAUAUAAAUGAGUUAUCUAAUACACUUUGCCCUAUAUUGUGUAGUUACUUAUUUUCUAGAGAAGGGAAGCUAUCUCAGCCUUUAACUGAUUAAAGGCGGCUGUUCUAAGAGGGUGGCAUUUUCUCUGCUUAUCUGGAGCAAUAACCGUAAUGUUCCCAUUAUUACAGCCAUUUGGAUGGACCUGUAGAGAUUUAUCUUUUGUUGCUCAGCACAUGUCAAAUGACAGUCACUUCAGCUUAACACCCCUGCAGCCUUGCAUGUCUGAGAAACGGCACGGUUUGUGCAAUUCCUACGUGUCUAGUGACGGUCAGAC